AUGUCUAUGGCAUCUGUUCUGCCUGUAAAUCGGGAUGAUAUUGCGGUAGGCUUUGGCCCGCAUGCACCGUCCAGCGGUAAAGGCUCACGUGUCCUUCACAUCACCCCACAGGCUCAUAGCCGGAAGAAGAAAGCGAACAACAAAAACACGUCUAACAAACGCCAUCCAUUUGAGGGAUUCCUAAAGACCAGGAAAGGAAACAACUGA